AUGGAUCUCAGUAAACAGGAAAAAGAUUAUAAUAGAAAAAAUGAAUGGGAUUGCUAUCGACGAAUAACUUUUAGUUUUAAUCGUGAAGAAAUUGGGGAGGACAGGAAAAAUGUGGAUGAUCUUGCGGCACUUGAUAGCAGUAAUGUUGCUGUUGAAAAGACAUUUACUGAAAAUGUUGCUGCCUUGGAAACUGGAGUGUCACAGGAUGCAAAUGCAGAAGGAUUGCAGAAUUUUAUAGUUAAAAAUCCACAAUCUACACUUGUAGAAAGUGGUGAUAUGACUCCUUUUGAAGUGCUUGAUAAAUCACAAAGAGAUACUUCAGAAACUCUGCUGGAAGAACUGAAAAUGGGUAAGAAGCGAAAGGCAGACAUUGCAGUGCAGUUGGAAGGUGACGAACUAGUGAGUUUUACAUCCGAUAGUGAAUUUGCUCAAAGUGAAGAUGAUGGAAAUACGACCCAUCUUGCUCAACUGGAACUUUCAAAAAUUGAAAAUGGAGGAAGUCAGUCAAAGGAUAGUGAUUUUCACGAAUUGAAAAAUGACAUAAAAAUACUUAAGGAUUGUUGGGAAAAGCUCUACAAGUUUGUUUUUCUUCUGAUGAGGUGGGUCUUGGAAAAACAGUUCAAGAUUUCAUUCCUAAGGAGGCUAGCAUUUUUAUGUUUGGAGGAUAGAGGAUUCAGUUUUUCUGGCCUUGAUCCAGUGCUAAUUAUAUGUCCAACAACACUAAUAAGGCAGUGGUUGAAAGGAUUCCGCACAUGGUUCCCAACUUUGUCGUGUUGCAAUUUUACACAGUAG